GAUUGGGAAUGAGUUCAAGGCACUUUCAAUAGCUCCGUGGAUCACAUCGUCUUACUUGAUCAGUUCCACUGCUUUUCAGCCACUAUAUGGGUCUUUGUCAGAUAUCUUUGGCAGAAGAAUCUGUAUCUGUUUUGCACUUUUCGUGUUUGGUAUUGGCUGUUAUGGUUGUUUUUUGAGUACAAGUAUGGAAUAUCUUAUUGCAAUGAGAGCAUUGACGGGUAUUGGAGGUGGAGGACUUAUGUGCCUUUCUACCAUUACAAAUUCGGAUAUUAUAUACUCUUCUAAAAGAGGAUUAUUUCAAGCCAUUCAAAACUUGUUAUUAGGGACUGGAUCUGUGUGUGGAGCAUCCUUUGGAGGUGUUUUGGCAAGCUGGUUAGGAUGGAGAUGGUGUUUCGCCAUUCAGGUUUUCCCUUCAGUAUUCAGUUUCAUCGUGGCUAUGAGUUUUAUUUCCAAUGAAACGGAAAUGUCCCUUGUUGGUGAUUACAGUGGACGCUACACGAGAAUAGACAUCAAAGGCUCUGCUACUUUAGUAAUAAGUUUGACCAGCCAACUCUUAGUUUUGUCUCUAGGAGGCAAUGAAUUAUUAUGGACAGACUGGAGAAUCGGCCUAUUGAUUGUUGUUUCUAUUUGGACUACCAAAGUGUUUUUUCAGCACGAAUCCACUACAACUGCAAUUCCAAUUAUUCCUGUCAACGACUAUAAAAGCAGGUUUGUGGCUAUCAACAUCCUCUUGAACUUCUGUGUCGGUCUUUCUAGCUACGCCUACCUUUUUAUCUUGCCGUUGCUAUUUCAAAUCAAUCUUGGUGACUCAUUGUCAGAAGCAGGAUUCCGAUUGUCUAUCCCAGCACUUGCAACUCCAAUUGGAGGUUUAACAGCUGGAAUUCUCAUGUCUAAGUCUAAAGAAUUUGCCAGAAUUGCUCUCUUUGGGACAAUUCUCAUGGCUCUUGGAAACAUCCUUGCUAUGUUUAUCUCAUACCGAACCGCAAACUGGCUAAUCGACUUAUACUUGUCUCCAACUAACUUUGGCCAGGGAUUAGCUAACCCAAGUUUAUUGUUCCUCUUCAUUUAUUACUUUGACUCUGCCAAGCAAGCAGCUUCAACAUCCACCGUUUAUUUGAUGAGGAAUAUCGGUGGGGUUUGGGGUGUGACCUAUAUCUCCAUUAUUACACAGCUGACAUUGAAGAGGAAUUUGAGAGCACAUCUUUCAAAUUUGCAGCAAUUGUCAAAAGAACAAAUAGAACAGAUUCUUCAGACCAUUUUAAAGUCAAUCGAUAUUUUGGACUCCAUGGAUCCAGAAGUGAAAGCAGUGGUAGUUAAGGACUAUACAUUUGCUAUCAGAUUGGCUCAGCUGGUAUCUAGUGCCUGUUGUAUAAUUGCUCUUGUGUGCGCGUACAUAAGUAGAAAUACUCAGUCCCACAGUUUUCUUGAAUAAAAUAUACGAGAACCUGUAUUUGAUUGUAUUUGUAUAUUACUAAGAGAGAUGCACAGUUCACCCAUAUUAAAAGUUGUCUGGACCCGGACAACUCUGGAUGAACCACCACCGAUAUUCUUCUCUUAUACUAAAGCCAUCAGUUAAAUAAACAAAGUCGAAGAGUAUACAAAAAAAGAUAACUCCGAGUUUGGACUAGUGCCUUAUAAUCAAAAAUAUAUUUAAUUCGCACUAACUUAAGGAAUGCACCCAUUGAUUUUUCUCUGUGGUUCAAAGAGGGCAUUAACUGUGGCAGUACCCAUUCACUAGACGAAGGCAACCGAUUGGUUCAAUUCCGAUAAAGUCUUCAGUUCCCGUAUAAUUAGAUUGUCUUACUCCGGAAAAUGAGGUGGCUCACCCAAACCGAACCGAACCGAACCGGACCAUAUUAUCCACCACAACUCCGAUUGCAAGAUAUAUAAAAUGUCAUCUUACCGGUUAUUGAGUAGAUUUAUAAUCUAGAAUCAUGUUUGCAGGCUCAUUAUUGCUCUCAUCCCUUUUCUACUUUUGUUUUGUCAAUGGCGAUUGGCAAUAUAGAUCAAGACCAGAUUUGUCUCCC